UCUCAUUUCGUAAAGAAUUUCCGAUAUGUUCAAUUCAAUUACUAAACUGGCCAUAGUGGCAGCAGCUCUGAUUGCCACCACAAUCCAUGAAACUACUGCAGAUGAUGCAUCAGGUUUGGCGGCCCAGGAUAAGUUCCUGCCAGAACGUGUAUUCGAUCAUUAUGGCCUGGGCAGGGAAGUUAGAGGUGCCUAUAUUAUGAUCACCUAUCAGUAUAACUUUGCCUAUAGCAGACCCCAAAAGGAAGUUUAUUUAAAUUAUGCCUACAACGAUCCCCAGGCCAAUAAGAUAACACAAAUUCUACUCUUGGUGGAGACGGAUGAAGGUGGCACCAGUGCAGCAUUUGUUACGGCCGGCGGUAUUAACCAAAGUUCGAUUGGCCUGAGAGUUGUGGGUUACAAUACGGCCAGAUUACGUUACAUGGUCAUUGUUUUUGGUGUAAAAGCUUAAUGAUUUGAUUUUGGAAACGUAAAGUAAAGAUACCGAAGUGGAGCAGUUGCAAUUAUAUGAAA